GCUGUCUGCUUAUCAUGCUCUUUCCUUGAACCUCCCAACUUCCGAAUACCGUCCAAGAUGCCUCCCAAGAAACCCACCGGCCAAGUUGUCCAGGCCGAGGUGGCUCUCCAACAGUCGCUCAAGAACUGCCUCGUGAACUUGCCGUCCUCCCUCGUUUCCAUUCUGGUCAAUGCGAAUACAAUUGCCCAAAACGUCAUUGUCGAGCUUUCGUACCGACAGCCUCUCCUUUCCGUCUCAUCUGAUUCCAAGAAUGCAUCGCCGCAGAAGUCAGUCUUCCUGGGAUGGACUGGCAUGCAAAGCAAGCGGAGGCCUGCCCCCGUCGUCAGCCGUGAAGGCCUGAGUGGUACCAGGGGCGGUCCAGCUGCCAGAGAACAGGAUAUACAAGCUGUUGAGAUAGACACCACCUUUGCGCGACUCGUCGGGCUCAGCGAGGGGCAGAAGGUGGGAAUUAUAUUGCACCUGGAUCCUCCUCAGGCGCACACCAUCAAUAUCGAACCUCUGACCCCUAUAGAUUGGGAGAUGAUAGAGCUACAUGCUCAAUUUCUGGAGCUCAAUUUCCUAUCACAGAUCCGCGCGCUGCCAAACCCGCAAGCACAGGCUUCGCAUCCAUUAACUCUCCACCUUUCCCCAACCACAACAGCGAACAUUAUUGUUACCUCGGUCACGCCCGCGCCUUCUGCUGAUUCUCAUUUCGUCAAGAUAUCGCCUGAUGCAGAAGUUAUCGUUGCUCCAAAGACGCGCCAAAAGCCCGAGCGACCGUCGAUUCGAGAAAGUCGUAGCGUCGGGGGCGCAUCCAGAAAGAGCGGGAAGAGUACGGCUAGUACUGUAAGACGUCGCAGUGGUCGGGAAGAGAAUGCUGGCCGUGGAGCCGUCUUUCUGCGUGGUGUCGACCGGGAUGUAGCGGGGGAAUGGUUUGAUGAGGAAAAUGAUAAGGAAAACACAGGUCUCAAAGUCUGGGUGGACAAAGAUAUGAUGCAUAGCAAGGCUCUCCGUGGCGUCACAUGGGUUUCAGUAGCCAUUGUGAAGGCCGCAGGACUGCAGGAGCCUGUGGACAUGUCUAAAGAACAAGACCAGGAGAAACACGCCACACGGGUCGUGGCAAAAAUUGGUAUAUGGGAAGACGCGCCAGAUAGCCGUCAUGCUGCCUUUUCUGCAGACUUGAGCAAAGUUUUGGGCUAUGGAGGAUUUGUGGGAGGGCUUGUGAGAAUUGAAGCUGCCCCCAACCAAACCGCCAGACCGUCUUCCAUCAAAUCACAGGGCCCAAAAGACUCCAAGGAGCCAGUGGUGAAAACCCUCAAGAUUCUCCCAUUCUCUAGAACCUCAGCUCAGACAAAUGGUUCACUCAAAUUCGGCGGAGAAUCGAAGCAAGAACAAGAGGAGGCUCUACAGAAAAUCAAAAUAGCAUAUGGCGCCAAAGGCGGUCUUCUGGAUGGGCCUGUCACAGACGGCAUGGUCUUGCCUCCAUUAACAAACGGUUCAUUGGAAUGGCAAGGAGGUUUGGUGAGAUUUGAACCUUCGCAACCAGCAUCAAGCACAUCAUGGGUUUUGGUUCCAGAACGAAAACCAGCUAUGGAGUUGGGAUCAGAUAUCGCUGCGCCCUCGAGCUGGACGAAAGGUUGGCAGCUGGGUGAUCCUCUACCUCCCAAAGGCCCUCACCUAGUUGGCAUUGAUCCCCUCGUUGAUCAGCUACGGUCGCACCUGACUCACAACUCAUCUGUGCUGCUUACAGGAGGCUUGGGCGCUGGCAAGUCGAAUUGUGCCCAGCUUCUGGCUCACCAACUUCGUACCGAGUUCUUGUUCCAUACCAUUUAUUUUCCUUGUCGCAAGCUUGUGACGGAUGAAACAAGGGUGUCGACUAUCAAAGAAACUCUCAAUCGAUUGUUCGCGUCUGCUGCUUGGGGAGCAAGGGGAGGGGGUAAUGCUGUUGUGAUUUUGGACGACCUAGACAAACUGUGUCCCGUGGAGACUGAAUUGCAAGUCGGCAACGAAAACGGGAGAAGUCGUCACGUUAGUGAAAGCAUCAUCUCUAUCAUUCGUCAAUACUGUUCCAUGGACUCUGGCGUAGUGCUCCUUGCAACUGCGCAGGGUAAAGAGGCCUUGAACAACGUUAUCGUCGGUGGUCAUAUUGUUCGGGAAAUCGUCAGCCUCAAGGCUCCAAACAAGGACGGCAGGCGGAAAGUGCUUGAAAUGCUUGCAUACCAAGACGCAAAGCCGCAAUCGCCCGAACCGCAGAAGCCAAAUGGGCACGCGUUUCCUGCAUCCCCAUCUACUAGCCGUCCUAGUACAUCUCAUCGCAGCCAAUCGAGCCAUGGAAGUAUACAUGAUGAGAGGCCUGACGAAGAAGACGGGUUUGUCGUUGAUUCCACCAUUGACUUCCUAGACCUUGCCGGCCAAACAGACGGAUAUAUGCCUGGAGAUUUAGUCCUCCUGACAUCAAGAGCACGGAAUGAAGCUCUCAUACGCUCCGUUACAGACGAAUCGUCGUCCUCGGCAUCAGUUUUGUUGACGAAACAAGACUACAGUUCCGCACUGGCUGGCUUCACUCCAGCGUCUCUGCGCAACGUAACCUUGCAAUCGUCCACUACCAAAUGGGACUCUAUCGGCGGUCUCUUAGAAACCCGACAGAUCCUUCUCGAGACACUCCAAUACCCCACAACCUACGCACCUAUCUUCGCGCAGUGCCCCUUACGCUUACGAUCUGGACUGCUACUAUACGGCUAUCCCGGCUGUGGCAAGACGCUUUUGGCCUCUGCCGUAGCAGGCGAAUGCGGUCUUAACUUCAUAUCUGUCAAAGGCCCAGAAAUUCUCAACAAAUACAUUGGCGCGUCUGAAAAAUCCGUCCGCGACCUCUUUGAACGCGCCGAAGCCGCACGACCAUGCGUCCUCUUUUUCGACGAAUUCGACUCAAUAGCGCCAAAGCGCGGUCACGACUCCACGGGCGUCACCGACCGCGUCGUCAAUCAGCUCCUUACGCAAAUGGAUGGUGCAGAGGGUCUAAGCGGUGUCUACGUGUUAGCUGCUACCUCUCGCCCAGACCUUAUAGAUCCGGCGCUUCUACGACCAGGUCGCUUGGACAAGAGCCUGCUGUGCGACAUGCCAGCACUGGAAGAGCGCGUCGACAUCCUGCAAGCCGUCACCCGCAAACUCCACGUCGCCCCUUCCGUUCUCGAAACAGACGCCUCGCAAUCAGAGAACCUCCACGAAAUCGCGCGUCGUACCGAAGGUCUCUCCGGCGCCGACCUGCAAGCGGUUGUGUACAAUGCGCAGCUCGAAGCCAUCCACGAUGCUCUCGGUGAUAUAGAUCUUACACCCAGCAAAGACAACGACAACGACAACUCAUCCCCUGCAGCGGCGAAACCCAGCUCUCGCAAACCAUCAUCCUCUUCUUCCUCUUCAGCAACAGGUCAGAGUAGUACUCCGGACAAAGACUCUGCAGGACGUAUCCCGUCCUUCACGCAUUUCCGCUUCGGAGACGCUGAUGCAGAUGCUGACUCCUCUUCCACCCCAUCUCCCUCCGCCUCAUCAAAGCAAAUCACCGAAACAGCACUCAUCUCCCAGAAAAUUCAAGCCCUGCAAGCGCUGCGCAAGAAGCAAAAACAACUUCAUCUUCCUCCUCCUCCGUCCGCUUCCCACUACAAUCCUCACUCCAAUAACAACAACGAUGAUGGUGAUAAUGGGGGAGAGGGAGAAGGAGAGAGGAAGGAACCGCAAAUCGAAUGGCGGCAUAUUUCGCGUGCGCUGGAGAGUACGAGGAGUAGUAUCAGCGCACAGGAACGACGCAGAUUGGAAGUGAUUUAUAGGGAGUUUGUGGUGGGGAGGAAUGGGGAGAUGCCUAGUGGACAAGGGGGUACGGAGGUUGGGGGACGGUCGAGUUUGAUGUAG